AUGGCCAACGGCACCAGCGUCAACCUGCACAAUUUGAAUCUCGGUAGGGCUGGUAAUCAGCCCCCUCUCCCCCCACCCCCCACCCCCCCUUGCGGCACAAAACGGAUAUGGUACUGGCCAGCCCCCACUGCAACCGCAGCAGCAACACCAACAGCCUGCGGGGGAGCGGUCCCACCCAAGGUGGACGAAGCCUUUAGGCUCGGCAACUAUGUUCCCUACACCAGUCUCACCAAGGCUGCGAGGCACAAAGCCUUGUUCGAGAAGUCCAACGCCCUCAAGCUCGACACCGUCAACGGCUCCCUGGUGGUCGACGACACUUUGGAUCGGGGCAAGGAACGUUUCAUCUCACUCCAGGACUGGAGCGUCGCUGCUGGAGUUGCAGAGGAGCGUACCAGGAUGGCAUUCCUCGGGCAGGGCGGAGUGUCUGGUCAAGCACCACACGGUUGUUGGGGUACGCGUGGUCGGUUGUCCAGGAGCACGACAUCCGUCAGCGGGAGUUAUGGGCCAGGGUUCGACCUUCUCUUGACUCUGUCAACGCCGGUGUCUCAGCCGAUGAUUUUCCUACGGCGUGGGGUGGCUUCGAAGAGACUCAUUCUUUCCCUCCCGCCGGGUUGUGUCGCGGCAGCGUCCGACGUGUCGGCUGCCUACCGCAUCACGCCAGUUCGUCCCGACCAGCAGAACUGUCUGUGUGUGUUUUGGGACGGAUAUGUGUACGUGGAUCGCGCGUCGCGGCUGGUUCUCGCAUAG